UUAGACACGCGGAUUUGCUUCUGUUUGAUGAUUUAAUCAGUAACUAAAUUAAUAGUUCGAGAUGAAUAGUCUGAGUAAUGAUUAAAGAAGGCGAUAAUGUAAGUAACAAUCGAUAGGGACUGGGCAAGGCCGCCGGGAGAGUGGGGGUAGGGAGUAGAAAAGUCAAGAAAUUAAGUAAAAAAAUCUGUGGAAGAAGUAAGCUGGAUCGGUCCUGUGGUCAAGUGGUGUAGGUAAUUUACCUGCUGACGGUGGCUGCUGACGUGCUCAUUCCACUUCUUCAACAUUACCACGAAACUAGGAGUGGGGACUCGGUAUAUAAACAGAAGUCACUCUAUUGGUUUUGUUUCUAGAGUGAAUUGCGUACUCUGUGGCAGGAUAGUGGUGGUAAAAAUUUUAGAUUUUUUUGACAAAGUCUUCUUUCGUGCUUUUGCCUAUAUAGGUAGCCGAAAGUUGGCUAAGUUUCUGUCUGAUCCAGCUGUGUAGGGAUAUGGGGGAGACGGAAGUAGUGGAGUUUUGUGAUCGAGUGAUCAGCCGCACUAGCAAGAAGCACUCCUCCGCCUCCCAACGUCGGGUCUUGAGAAUUAUUCUUAUCGAUGCUGAUGCUACUGAUUGCUCCUCUGACGAGGACUAUGAUCAUGACUAUAUAGUCGGGAACAAGAGAAAGAGGAAGAGGAGGGUGGUUAAAAGACAAGUGUCUGAGAUCAACUUCACUCCUUCUGCUAGUGCUACUAAUAACAGAAGGCGUCGAGAACAGCAGGAGGAAGAGGAGGUAUCUGAUAGAUCAGCUCCUCCUCCACCUCCUGCUCGUCCGCAGAGAAAGUACAGGGGCGUGAGGCAACGCCCCUGGGGGAGGUAUGCUGCUGAGAUUCGUGAUCCUGUCAUGAGAAAAAGGCUCUGGCUGGGCACUUACGACACCCCUGAAGAAGCGGCUGCUGUCUACGACACAGCUGCCAUCAAACUCAAGGGUCCUGAUGCCAUCACAAAUUUCCCUCCACCACCUGAUCAAGUAAACACAAACAUUUCUUCCCCUGAGAACAAACUGGUUGAAUCAGCCACUACUCCAGCUGCAGAGCCUGCGCUCCCUGCUGGCGCUCUGUCCCCGACAUCAGUACUCCCCUACAAUGACGACGAGGACCUAGCCACGUUUGGCUACGGAGAUGUUGAUGCCUUUGGUUUUCAGAUAGAGGACCAGCUUGUCCCUUUCUGCUUGCCCGAUAUUAUGCUUUCCAGGACCUACUCCAGGACUCGUGUCGACGACCCAGAUUUUGCCGAUUUUGACCUCCUACACGAUUUUCUACUUUAAUCAUUCGAGAUUCAACUCAACAUAGUUGUCUAUUUGGACUUUUCCCAUAUUACUAUCGCAUCUGCAGUAUAUAUAGGAGUUUUUGUAAAAUUAUAUUGCCACAUAUUACAGUAUAGUAUAGGUGAGUGAUGGCUGGCUUGGCUCCGUGCUAAUUCUUCAUGAUCUAUGUGACUGUAUAAUUCUCAUAGAUGUAUAUCAAAUGAUACAUUCUUAAAUAAACACAGCCUCCAACAACUCAUAAAAAA